GCAAGGAAAACACUCAGACUCCUGCACAGCUGGUGAGUGUAACAAAGAUGUGUGUGGGUGCUCAGCGGCCCAGAGCACCCUGUUCAGCCCUCCUGCUCCUGGGGCUCAUGCUGGGUGCUGCGGCCAAGCCCAAGUGUGUGGGGAACACCUACCCCAGAGGCAACAAGUGCUGCCACGAUUGCAAGCCAGGUUACGGGAUGAAGAGCCGCUGCACCGAGGACCAGGACACUGUGUGCCACCCGUGUGGACAGGGCUUCUACAACGAGGCCAUGAACUACGAGGACUGCAAGCCUUGUACUCAGUGCAACCAGAGAAGUGGGAGUGAAACUAAGCGGAUAUGCACACCUGUGAACGACACCGUCUGCAGCUGCCGGCCCGGCACCCAGCCCAUCCACGGCUUCAAGCGAGGAGUCGACUGUGCCCCGUGCCCCCCAAGACACUUCUCCCUGGGCAAUAACGAGAACUGCAAACCCUGGACCAACUGCACCUUGGCGGGAAAGCGCACCCUGCAGGCCGCCACCAGCAGCUCCGAUGCCAUCUGUGAGGACAGGACCCCUCCUGCCACCCUGCCCUCGGAGACCUGGGGCACCCCAGCCUGGCCCCCCACCACCCAACCCACCACAGCCUGGACCAGGACCUCACAGAGGCCCGCUACACCCCCCACAGAGCCCCCCAGGGGCCCUGAGCUGGCCGCUGUCCUGGGCCUGGGGCUGGGCCUCGGCCUGCUGGCCCCCAUCGCUGCUGCUCUGGUCCUGCUCCUGCACUACAGGGCCUGGAGGCCACUGUCCAACGCUGCCAAGCCCCCCGGAGGAAACGCAUUCCGGACCCCCAUCCAAGAGGAGCACUCGGACGUCCAUUCCACCCUGGCCAAGAUCUGAUGUCCGCAGGGAUGGCGGCUGGUGCUCCAACCCAGGCUGGGUGGUGGGC